ACCCCAGAUGUCAGAUCAACCAAUAAAACAACUCAUCUCUAUUUACACACCUUGAUUAUACUUUAAAUUGAUGCAACAAAAAUUAAAUUCUAACAGGUAGUUUUGAAAGCAGUGCUGAAGUAACAUUGUAAUAAAGUAUUAUAAAUAUACAUGUUUACACAUAAAUUUGAAUAAAAGUACAAUAUACAAUAUUAAAACAAGAAGUAUAAUAACAUUCAGCAAUUGAAAAUCAUUAUUAGUUAUGAAUUCACCAAGAUCACCACAAACUCCUUUGAGUUCUGAACUAAAAAAGAUUAUAAAUGACAGAAAUGUUUUAAGUAUGCGGAGUCGUAUGAAAGUUCUCAAUAGUCUAAACGAGAGUCAUCAAAAACAGCUUGAAGAAAAAGAGAAGAAUUUAAGAUAUCAAGCUAUUCAAGAAAUUUUAACAACUGAAGUUACUUAUCUACGUCAGUUGGAGAUCUUAAUGGAGUAUUUUAUACAACCUAUGUUUGAAAGAAAGUUAUUAGAUCACAGUUUACUUUCAACAUUAUCUGAGAACAUAAAAACAUUGUAUAAUGUUAGUGGAGAAUUAAUAAAGGAAUUGAAAGAGAAUUCACAAAAUAUUGCUGGUGCAUUUCAUAAACUGGCUCCAUUUUUUAAACUGUACUCAGUUUAUGCUUAUGAUUAUGAGCAGAUUUUAUACUUGAUACAGGUGAAACAAGAAAAUGAUACUACAUUUAAAAAUUUUAUUACUGGACAAGAAACAAGACCAGAAGUUGGUAGAAAAUUACCCUCAUUAUUAAUUACACCAAUACAAAGGGUACCUAGAUAUAAAUUACUCCUGCAAGAAGUCUUGCAACAUACACCGAAUAAACAUAAGGAAUAUAAUCUUCUACAGGUUUGUCUAGUAGAAAUUGAGAAAGCUGCAAGGCAUAUGAAUACUUUAAUUGAACAACACGAAGAAACACAGAAAUUAUUAAAACUUCAAAAGUGUAUUGCAAAUCCAAUUAAUUUGGUAAAACCCGGUAGAAAAUUGAUUAAACAAGGAGCAUUAAUGAGAGUAUCAAGACGAGGAAAUUCCGCAUAUCGAAGAUACUUUGUUCUCUUUGAUGAUAUUUUAUUGUAUUGUAAAGGUGACCCGCAAAACACAUUAACUGUGUGUUGUGUUUUACCAUUAAAUAAAUGCAACAUUGAAUCAGUUUUGAGCGGAGGAUUGUUUCGUGUUACUUGUUUAAAUGAAAUACUUUUACUGUACUCUGAAAAGGAGGAUAGUAGUUUAUGGAUAGAAGCAAUACAAAAUUCCAUAAAAAAGUACGUAGAAUGCCGACAAACUUUAAGAAAAGAUAGUAGUUCAAGAAAACCAUUAAGGCACAAUAAUCUUAAUUUAUUUCCAUCUGAUAAUAUCCCAGUAAUUGCUGGUAAAAGGAAAAGAUCAGACGAAGAAACAGAGGUUAACUUGAACGCAUCAAAAAUUGUAUAUUUAAAGAAGGAUAAUGAAGCAGAUGCAGAUGUACAAUCAGAAAAUAAAUGUUUGCUCUUAUUGAAGAAAUUUAAAAAAUUUAAAAGUGAUAAUAAUUAUAAAGAGAAUAAAUGCUGUCUACAAAAUAUCAAUUAUAAUAUUACGGAUACAGAAAAUGUACCUUAUGUACAAAAAAGCUCUAAUGCAUCAUGUAUAUCCAACAUUCCUUCUUUUAAUACCAAACCGGAAGCUUCGCCAACGUUGAAAUCGAUUAGCGAUUUCUUUUCUUGUAUUAGAUCGUCAGUGGUGGAGUUUUUUAAAUUUAGAUAAUGUACUUUAUUAUUUAUAUAUACAAUAAAAUUGAUGAAACAUUAAA